GGGAACCCCGCGGAACCCCUGGCGCGUGACGUCAUAGCUAUGACGUCACGCGCCAGCAUGGCGGCCUACAUGCGCAACGUGAUCCGAGCGCUGCAGACUAGCGGAUUGCGGCUGCUGCCGCUGCAGGGGGAGCUGCUGGCGCCGUCGCGGGCUCAGGCUGCGCCGUGUCGCCUGGCUCGCACGUCCGCAGCUGCCAUCACACAGGACCAAACGCAGCGCGACGCGCGGCUCAAGAAGCGCCAGGCAGAGGAGGAGGAGAAGCGCGCGCGGCGGCGGAACAAGCGUGAGCUGUGGGGCGCGGGGCGCAGCUCGUUGCCCGUGGACGACGUCUUCCUGCUGCGCAUGUACGCGCGUCCCCGGCAGGACGCGCGUGCCGCCCUCGCUGCGCUGCGCCGCUACGCGCUGCUCGACUACGCGGACCCCGCGCAGGGCGUGCACGUGCGCCUGGGGCUGAACCUCUCCCUUGACAAGAACAAAAAAGUGGAGGCGUUCCGGAGCUACUUCCAGUACCCAAACCCCCUGGUUGCUCCUCCCAACGGCGUUCUCGUCUUCACGUCGACGCCCGAGGAGACCCAGACGGCGCUGCAACACGGGGCGAGGCUGGCUGGCGGAGACGAGCUCGUGCAGCAGGUGCUGCAGGACCAGGUGGACCAGGUGAGCUUCUACGUGAGCGUCCCCGGCGCGCUGCCCAAGCUCGUGCCGCUCAGGAACGUUCUCCGCAACAACUUCCCCAGGGCCAGGAACGGCUCCGUGGCGGCGGACAUCCCCAAGAUGCUGGAGUACUUCACCACGUGCCACGAGUACAGCGUGCUGCCCAACGGCAGCUGCGUCACGCGCAUCGGAACGAUGGACAUGACGGACGAGCAGCUGCUGGUGAACCUGCAGACACUGCUCGCCGACGUGUGCUCGCGCCGCACCGCCAGCUCUGGCGGCUUCGUGACGGACGCCCACAUCAACACGGCCACCAGCGAGGAGCUGCCCUUCCACUUCGAGCCGUUCCUGCCGCCGCCGCCCAAAUCCAAGAGAGAGGCCAAGGAGCGGGCGCCGGCGGCGCCGGUGGCGCCGGCAGCGCCGGCAGCGCCGGUAGAGGAGGCCGCCGCCAACGCCACCGCCAACGCGAAGGAGUGACGCGGAGCGGCGUCCGCUUCCCGGGCAGCUGCAGCUGCUCCUCCACUCCGAGCCAACCGAGUUCACGGCUCUCGCGUCGCUCGCGGCAUCGCAACAAUCCACACGCGCACACGCGCCCCUUCCCACGAUUCGGUGGACCAUCGCGGCCCGGCGUCACAGUUCCACGGAGGGUUUCCGUGACCCUGCGGGAGCGUGUAGACCCCUUUAGUGACUCUGUGGCUUCUAAUAAUCAAUCACGUCGUCGUCAUCCUGUGUCUACUGCUGGAUGAAGGUCUGCUCAGAUCGUCGCCAUCGCUCGCGGUCUCGCGAUGUCACAAUUCAUUUAGCUUCUGUGCACUCGUGAUAACCUAAACAAAUUUAUUUUUUACCAGGUAAGGCCCACUGAGCUAUGUAGCUCCUUUUUCAGAAGCGACCUGAUAGCUCAACAAAGUGGCUUGUAACGUGGACAUUUAUAGCAGGCAAAUACUCUUUCUAUGUAUGUAUGUUAAACUUAUUUUGCUCCGUACAUAAACAACGGCGUUAAUCGGCGAGGAGUGAGUUCAACGCAUGUUGAUUAUUAAUGUAGAGGAAUAAACCGGAUGACCCGGAGAAAAAUCCACGGGGAGAACACGCAAACUCCAAAUAUACAGGCGUCCGUGAGGGUUAGGAUCAAACCCACGACCUCCUGUGUACCAGGCGAGGGAGUUAACAUCUCACCACCGCGGCGCCUCAUUGCACACGAGCCGACCUCAUCGCUUCCAUCUCCAUGGUGGUCGUUCCUCUCGGGCGAGUUUCCUUUCGUUGGCUGCCAUUCCAUGGUUAGUCUCGACCACCGGCCGUCAUCGUCAUCCUCUCCUGUGACGCGUCUUGCGCAAGCCUCUUGAUUGCUCUUGAUGCUUGCAUAAGAAUCGACGCGAGUCGAUGGCUCGCCGUCACGUUGCCGACUGGGCAUUCUGAUCGGGCCUCCUCUGACGACGGUGCUGCGUGCGUGUUCACGGUAACCGACCCUCGCCCAGUGAACAAGGGAGAUGGCUUGGGCGCUCAACGCUUUGACCGCUGCGACCGUGGUCAUCGCCGUUCGCCGGUGCGGGAAGUUUAACCGCCGAUUGCCGCGCGCCCUUCGCAGUGGAACUUUACAAGGUCCCACGAAUUCGUCUCGAAGCAGAGUCGGCCAUUGUGUGCAGCCGUCACAGUCCCAACGUUCGAACAAAAAACGGCACUGCAAGUUACUGGCCGACUCUGCUUUGAAUUAAUUUCACUGUGAAGCAAAGGGUGCGUAAUAUUCCGCGGUCUAACUUCCCUCACUUGGCGGCCGGAGAUUAAACUGUGCAUUUAACACGGUUGCUUAGUUUGUUGUCCUUUCCCCGUGCCUCCGAUUAGCACGGUUGGCUACGUACGAUGCCAAAGAAGUUCGACGUACGUACAGACUGAGUUGAGAAGCGAGUGGCAGAUUGUCGGCCUCGAUUGCGACAACUUGGAAGGACCCUCCUGAAAAAGUGCCUCGAGACUCGGGCUUUUCCUGGCUGAACAAGCAUCGUGAUAAUAUUGAAGUGGGUCCUGCAGAAUGACCGCUUCCCAAUUCGCGAGGCAACCGCGAGGACCGGUUUCGGCUGCGCUGAAAAAUUCGGCAUCCGGCCUGCGGAAGGAGACGCCAGUGCCUGGAGAAAAGCAACCGGCGAGAGGGGUGGGGGGGAGUCCACGUCGUGAACGCGACCGGCGCUGGUCGUUGUCGUGGACUCCGUCUGAUGCGACCGUUGCCUUCCAGGGGUCGCGUCGUUCGUUCCCGUUACGUCGUUAACUCUCCGCUUGUGUUCACGCCCAUUAAGUGAACGUCUAUGGAGUCGAUCUCACUUUUUAUCAUUGUCAGGGGCAACUGGAAUUCUAUAUUUGUCUCCCGUGUAAAAUCAUCAACCUCGCACAAGGGGGCGCCACGGUGGCGAGAAGUUAACUCCCACUGCCUGCUGUUAAAGGAGGUUGUGGGUUCGAUCACGACCCUGAACCCUGCUGCUGUAUAUUUGGAGUUUGGGUGUCUCUCUCUCCCCGUGGGCGCGUGGAUUUUUCUCCGGGUCCUCCGGUUUUUCCCUCCACAUGCAGAAUCGACAUGACCAGUUGAGAGUGUUUGGCUGCAAUAAAUGCCCACGUGAUAAGCCA